ACGUGGUUUAUAAAAAUACGGAUGGGCUCGAGGGGUUUGUGGUAGACUGUCAGUGGAGUCAACGUUGUUAAUCAGUUAUUCCGCGCUGUAGUUUAAACGUUGAUUUGGAGUCAGUGUUUAACAGGCGAACUUUGGUUGUCAGCACAGUGUCGGUGUGAGAGACACGGAGGAGGGGCGCUGAUUAAAAUAAGCUUAGCUGGGUAACGGCGGCUUUCAGGAGUAAAGUGUCACCGCUUUCACCAGCGCUCCGAGCAGGGGACGAAGAGAGCUUCUCCACGGCCAUGGCUGCCCUCGGUAACUCGGGCGCCACCUCCAGUCCUAUGGUGAUACUGGCCCCUAAGACCAAAACGAAGAAGAAACACUUCGUGCAGCAGAAGGUGAAAGUGUUUCGGGCCAGCGACCCGGUCCAGAGCGUCUUUAUGUGGGGCGUCAACCACUCGAUCAAUGAUCUCAACCAGGUGCCCGCUCCUGUCAUGCUUCUGCCUGAUGAUUUCAAGGCCAACACCAAGAUCAAAGUUAACAACCACCUCUUCAACAAAGAAAACCUUCCGGGACAUUUCAAGUUUAAAGAAUACUGUCCUCAGGUCUUCCGAAAUCUAAGGGAAAGGUUUGGUAUUGAGGAUCUGGAUUAUCAGGUGUCACUUACUCGCAGCCCCCCACUGAGGAGUGUAAACGACCAGGGAGAGGGUCUGCUCCUCAACUCCUAUGACCGAACUCUAAUCAUCAAGCAAAUCUCCAGUGAGGAUGUUGCAGACAUGCACAGCAUUCUUUCUGAAUAUCACCAGCACAUAGUGAAGUGUCACGGCAGCACGCUGCUGCCACAGUUCCUGGGUAUGUACCGGGUGAGCGUGGACAAUGAGGAGACCUACUUAAUCGUAAUGAGGAACAUGUUUAGCCACAGACUGGUGGUACACAGGAAGUAUGACCUGAAGGGCUCUCUGGUGGAUCGUGAAGCAAGUGACAAAGAAAGGGGCAAAGAGCUUCCUACCUUCAAGGACAUGGACUUCAGGAACAACAUGCAGAAAGUUUAUGUGACUGAGGAGCAGAAGGAGAAGUUCAUGGAGAAACUAAACAGAGAUGUGGAGUUUCUGGUGAAGCUGAAGAUCAUGGACUACAGUCUGCUGCUCGGUAUCCACGAUGUGGGCCGAGCUGAACGGGAAGAGGAGGAGGGUGAAGUGGUUUCCAACGAGGAAGAACAGGAAGCAGAGAACGGCAUGGCUGUAGGCCCGACAGUGGGAUCUUACGGCACCUCUCCAGAGGGAAUUGCUGGAUACAUGUCAUGCUGCAAACCUCUGGGGCCUGGAGAGUUUGACCCCUAUGUGGAUGUGUAUGCGAUGAAGAGCUGCGCAGGGGCACCUCAAAGGGAGGUCUAUUUCAUGGGUCUGAUUGAUGUACUUACUCAGUACGACACCAAGAAGAAAGCUGCUCAUGCAGCAAAAACUGUCAAACACGGGGCUGGUGCUGAAAUCUCCACAGUCCAUCCAGAGCAGUAUGCCAAACGAUUUCGUGACUUCAUUUCAAACAGUUUUGCGUGAUGCUGCCACAAAUCUGAUCCGACUGUGAGCUAAAUAGUCAAUCUUGUCAUUGACCAAAAAAAAAAAACGUGUGCACACACAGGUUAUUUAAAUUUGAUCUGAGGUGUGUAUGCAAAUUUGCGUUGCAGCAAUAUAAUGUACUACUUCUGAUGCAUAUAUUUAUUUUUAAGAUUGAAGAUUCAUUUCUUAUAUACAUAUUAAGCACUAAUUGCUGAUAUUACUCUGAAGCAAUAGGAUACUUGGCAACAAAGUGCUGUUGAUCAGUGUUCAUUCUGUUCGGCCACAUCAGUUAUGGUUCAAAUGUCGUUGUGUUUCUUAUCUUUCUUAUCUCUUUGCUCAGGUCCUCCAGAUUUGAACUAAACUUAAAUGAAACAUUUGGAAAUGCAGCUUGUUAUUCAAUCUGCUCUUGAGAGUUAGCUGAGAAGAUUGAUACACAGUACAUGUAUAUUCCUGUUAACUACAUCCAACCAGGACAGUAUGAACUUAGUUUAGCAAAAAACUCUGGAAACUGCUAGCAUGGGUGCUGAUUUCAUCUGUCGAUUUAUUUUUUUCCUCAAUCUGAUUAGUCGUUCAGUCCAUAAAAUGUCACAAAAUGUUGAAAAAUGUAGAUGAUGAUGUUCUCAAAUGUCACAAAAUGACUCGGUUGUAAUGAUAUAUAUCUUUGUUAUAUGGAGCAACAAACCAGAAAAUGUUGAAAUCAGAGCUUGUUUUAAUUAUUUAACAAUAAUAAUAAUAAUAAAAAAGACAUUCAAAACGAUAAGUUAAUUCAUUAGCAAAAUAGUUGGUGAUUAAUUGAAUAAUCGGUUACUACUUGAUUAAUCGUUGCAGCCCUGGUACAAAUAUUCACUGGAUAUUUUGACCCAGCGAUUGUUGACUGGCAUGUUUGCUUGAAAUGCCCAUCCUCAACUCGGAGUCAUUUUUUACAUUUCAGUUUUUGUACUGAUUACAUAAAUAAUAUAUAACAUGUUGAGUGAAUAUUAAAGGUGGCGGGCUGUAUCCGCCUGUUUCCAGUCUUUAUGCUAAACUAACCAUAUGCUGUCUUCUGAAAUAAUGAGAUGAGGCUGAUAUCAAUGAGUUUGCUAUGUCGUGGAGAGUCAUUAUUUUCUCCCACGCAUUCUUCUUCUAGGCACUACUGGAGUGGGAUUAAUUUUACAUGGGGAGGUGUAAUGAUGUAAUUUUACCGCAGGACAUGUAAUAUAAAUGGCCAAUUCGCAUGGUAUAAGAAAUCUUAGUAAAACUACCACAAUUGGGAGGGGGAAAUUGGCCCGUCUGUCCCAGGAGCCCUUUACUGUGCCCAGUCGCAGUCACUGUUACGACUGGUGAUACCCCCAGACAAGACGCAUGUUCUGUCACCCUGUCCAAUAACCCAGGUCACCAACAAGGGCCCUGACAUGGGAGGGUGAACCCUGUAAUCCCUCAACUCUGCGGUUCUCUGGCGACAUCUACGCAAAACAACUUCACCCAGAAUUCACCUCCUGUCGUCAUGUGCAUACUUUUCUGCUUCCUGAUAUCACAAGUGCAAACACACAUCAACAUAGCGUCCCCAUGCUUGAACAUCUGUAGAAAACUUACUUAUAAACAGGAGAUGACUGAAGAAUAUUUACACACAUAUUUACUGCUGGUCUAUCAUGCAGGAUUAGUAUUACCUGGGAUUAUUUUUCCGGACCUUUUUCUUACCCCAGGUAAAAGUUGCCGUAAUCUUUACUGACAUAGUCUGGUAAUGAUUACUGACAUGGCACUUUAGGACGGGACUAAAAUCAUUGAGAAGCUCUAGGAGUAAGUACUUUACCCCAAAUCCUGUCUGUAUAGGGCUUCAGUCAAAUGAUGCAUGUUGUGUAGGUAGCUACACCUCUAUAACCUUGAGCCACACCCACAAAUGAAGAGUAUUGGGCUGCAGAAGUGUGGUGAACUCACUGUGUCCUCAUUCAACAAGCCUUUUUUAUACAAUUAUAUAUCAAAUCUCUGCACUCUCUUUGGUGGCUGAUGCAUCACUACACCUUCAAAUGUAGCUCGUCCACAAACACUUGCACUCUGACAACAUGCGUUAUUUUCUAGUGUAACCCUGAUGUUACUAAUAAAAUGCCAACACUUUCUUUUAGUGGUAGAAUAAUUUGUAAUGGAGAAGGGUAGACUAGAGAAAGUGUACUUAUCUAGUAUGUUUUUAUUUAUCUACAGAAGUAGGCCAAUGUUUAGUGCCAAAUGUAAGAGAUAAAAGCAGGGUUUGCACUUGGAACACAGUUAAAUGAACUCUGGUGACAGAGCAGUGAAUAAAAAAACAAAAACAUUUGAAUGGACCAAGUGCUGUUUUCCACCAAAGUUUCAACUUUCUAAGAAAAUGUGCAAAAUGGCCUUGUCAAAGAGUGAAUGUGUGAUGUUUAAAUAGAAAGCAUAUCUGCUACAGAGACUGGUCGAUGAACUAAAAGUCCAAGCGUGCCACAUGCCGAUGUGUAAUUUGACUUCAAAACAUUUCUGAAAAUCAGCUCACUCGUCAUUCUACCCUCUACUUAACACCGCAUAGUUAUAUGUAAGAUUUUGGGGAAUGUGUGCUAAUGUGAAUCACUGACAUAGGGUAAGAUUAAGAGAGAAAAAAAAACAUGGCAAUAUAACUAGGAGCUGUUGUCUGUGUGUAAUGAUUUUGUGAUUACAGGGUAUUUUGUUUAAGUAAACAUUAACGCUACAUUUCACUUGUUAGUGCAGACGGCGCUAACACGGAGAGAUGACAUUUUCUUAACACUGUCACGGCAACAAGGAUAACGGUCUCACUGUGCAUUAUGACUCCUCUACUACAUGAUUGCACAAGUUGAACUUUUGCAAAUCAGCUUUUGGACCAAAAUAUAUUUUAUGAAGAAUUUC